AUGACGAGCCCUUCCACGCACAGCUUUGUGUUUUGUGCUGCGGAGAGUCUAGCAGGUCCCGGCAGAAACUGGAAACGCCAUUUGGAUCCGACCCCACACGGGUGUCCCCAUCGCGAGACCCGCCGAGCAGCUCCAGAGCCACCUGCUCAUCCACCGACGCAGGCAUACGUUCCUCCUCGACGCGGUGCCCUCCUGCACUCUAGUGGAGUGCGUGCGUGCAGCUCACACAGCGAUCCAUUUAGGAGGUCCCCUGUUGUUGGACAGGUGGCUGGUCUCAGCCCUAACGGAGGUCCACCGACGACACCAUCCGUCGGAGGCCGAUCCUUGCGUCAAAUUCUGAAAAGGUACUUCGCACCAGAGGCUCUACCUGUGCAAGGCAACGCUGUCGAGCGAUGCUGA